GAAUUGCUUUCUCUAGGGCAGUGGGAGUAUUCGGAGACGGAAAACCCUAGCUCCUGAACGUGUCUGCCCCUCGAGGUAGAAAUCUCCAGGAGGCCUGCGAAUUCAAAGUGAGAGAAAGCCAUUCUCCCCCGUGCCCACUUAACGUGAUUUCUUGAUCCGUUUGCGCUGGCGACGUCCCUGGGUGCGAGGCCUGUGGGAGCACCACCAGGCAGUGCACGUUUGUCUCGGGAAACGUUCUGAGGCGGGUUUCUGAAAAUAUGGGUCAGGUUUCCACGAGGGGCCCUUCUUACAGUCUGCAGUGCCAAGCGGUGAGCAUGACCGCUCCGCGGUGCAGGGCCCGGGGGUCCGCACACCGGCACCAUUUAACGGAUUACAAAAUCUAGGUCACCGCCGCCUGCAGCCAGGCACGGUGAACGUCACCGAGCACGUAUUCGUUCAGGCCCUGUAAGUGCCUUCCCCAGCGCCGCACCGCAAAAGUACUAAAGAAGGGCGGGUUCCAGCUAAGGUCGAGUGGUCUGCGUGGUCUGCGCACCCCCGGGUACCGCGCCCUCCGCAGCGCGUCCCUCGGAAGCAUCCUCCCCUGCGCAGCACCGCUGCCCGCCGUUUCCGGCCGCAGGCAGGUUCCGGAGUCGGCUAGGCCAGCGCCCGAAGCGCGGUUUCGCGGCGCUCUCCCCGUGCUCGCGAGCCCGGAUGGUUCGGGAACCGCCCGCUAUUGGCGGUCACGCCCUCCACACUGCCCUCUGAGAGCAGUCACACACAGGACCGCGCUAACCGGUAACAGUCCCGCGAGGCUGCUGAGGCCGCCGGACGCGGGGCCACUCCGGCUCACGAUCUCAGCAGCUGGGUACACACAGCAACGAGGGUUCUGCUCGUGUGCGAGCUGAUUUGAAAAGAGCGUCUGUAGAGAGAAGAGCGGAAAGAAAGGCUUGCUCUGACCUUACGCGGGACCAAGUUUAUUCCCGGGCCCAAGCCGAAUUGAGGGGGUGCAGCCAGCUGAUCCUCACAGGCACCAGCAUUCCCGCCACUGUGACAGCGCUGCCACCGCCAGGCCACCUGAACCGUCUUCUGCAUCAUGGAGCUUCCUGGAGAGAAGCCAGGAGAGGCCGAGGUGCUGAGCAUCACUCCCCAGCUGCUCAAGUCCCGCUCCGGAGAGUUUGCCCUGGAUUCCAUCCUGCUGCUGAAACUUAGGGGCUUAGGGCUGGUGGACCUGGGUUGUCUGGGGGAAUGCCUGAACAUUGAGUGGCUUGACCUGUCAGGCAAUGCGCUCACCCACCUGGGCCCGCUGGCCUCCCUGCACCAGCUGGCUGUGCUCAACGUCUCCAACAAUCAGCUGACAGGGCUGGAGCCACUGGCAGCCUGUGAGAACCUGCAGACCCUCAAUGCCGCUGGUAACCUGCUGGCCACUCCUAGCCAGCUGCAGUGUCUGGCUGGGCUACAGGGCCUGGAGCACCUGAGGCUCCGGGACCCUUUAGCGCGACUCAGCAAUCCGCUGUGUGGCAGCCCCUCCUACCUGGCUGCCGUCCGAGAGGUGCUGCCUAGCCUCAAAGUCAUAGAUGGGGAACGCGUGAGUGGGCAGGGCAGCGAGCUGUACCAGUUAUUCCGAGACCUGGACAGUUCCUUGCGCCCCAGCUCCAGCCCAGGCCUGGGAGCCAUCGAGGCCCAGCCAUGGGUGGAGCCCAGCUACUGGGAGUCCUGGCCCAUACGGAGCAGCUCCAUUCUGGAGGAGGCCUGCAGGCAGUUCCAAGACACACUGCAGGAAUGCCUUGACCUGGACCGCCAGGCCAGUGACACCUUGGCGCAGGCCCAGCAGGCUCUCGGCCCUGCAGAAAGCACCUCUUCCUUUGUCUUCUGAAUGUGCCUCAUAGCUAGGGCAGUCUCAUCCAGGCCUUACCGCCUGCAUCCCUUUCCUGCCCUAUGCCCUUGCUGCUUUUUUCCCCCCUGGUUACUACCCUGCAAAUUAGGUUGUUCGUUUAUCGCUUUCUUGAGAGCAUCCUAGCUCCUACCCUACAUCUCCCCAAGGACAUUUCCUGCCCUCCUCCCAUACAAGGAGAGACAUGCUUUCUGGGUGGCCUCUAUCAGGUGUAGGAGAUCCCCGCGUUAUCUGGCAAAUAUACUGUGUAGCUGGGGCCGGGGCCAGGGCAUGCAGAGCCUGAGCUCUCUCAGAUGCCCAGCCCAAGGCUUUGUGGGUCAGGUUACUGGCCACCCCCUAGCUCCUUCCUAUUAAAUAGUUCUCUUCUCA